AUGGGAAUAUUAUUAUCAAUUUAUGAUUUAUUCAAACCAUCUCCAGUAACUCCAAUACUGUCAUCAGUAACUUUAUCUAAUUUUUCAUCUUCAACACCAGGCUUAACGUCAGAUUCAUUUCAAUCAUUUCCACCAGAUUGUAUACCAGAUGUCAACUUAAAUUUACCAAGGCUUUUCAAACCAAUUUUCAACUAUCCAAAAUAUUUAAAAAUUUUUCAAGACGAUCAAUUUAUUUUUGCCAUAAGGAAAUGGCUAUCAAUAAUCGAAGGCUCAAACGAUCUAUACCAGUGUAAAAAUGUUCUUCUAGUACACAACCUACUUAGUAACUACAUUUUUAAUAAUUGUGUAGGAAUAUCCGAUUUAUACAGCGGUGACGAAGAUUUAUCAUUUCCUUAUUAUGUUAAUGAUAUUUCUUCUUUUACUGGAAUUGAAAGAUCUUUAGUAAAAUUAAACAAAUUUGGUUAUAUUUUCAAAUCUCACAAUUGGAACAGUUCUAAAUCAGAUUAUCAAUCAAAAAUAAUUUGCAACUUAUUCAAUCUAUUGUCCAACAACUCUUUUAAUAUAAAAAAUCUUUAUUUUAAUAUAUCUCACUCUUAUGAAGAAAAUGGCGAUCUUAUAGGUGUUGUAAAAAGUAUGGUUGAUUUAAUAGAAUCUCAAAAUAAUCUUCAAUAUCUUUCAUUCUACGAAUUUUGGUCUCCUUUAGAUUCUUUGAAAAUAUUUAAUUCUUUAAAAUCUCAAUCAUCCACUUUAAGAUACUUAUGCUUUAAAGAUUUAUCUCAAUUAAAUCAUUUAUUACCUAUUUUAUCAUUUUUAAAAAAUUUAGAAACUUUACAUCUUGACAAUUGUUGUUUAGAAAAUUAUGAUUCUAGUAAUUCUAUUUUGAAAGUUUUAGGUUCUUCAAAAAUCAAAAAUUUAUAUUGUAGAGAUGAUAGACCAAAUGCUAAUGUAGAAAAAUUUAUUAAACCAAUAAUUGAAAGUUCAAAUAUAAAUUUAAAAACAAUUUCAUUAGAUUUAAUCAGUAAUAGUUUAAUUGAUGUCAUUAAUUUUAAUUGCCCUAAUUUAACUCAUUUAUCAUUAUCAAUAUUAACAACAAGAAAUAUUCAAAACAUAAUCUAUCAAGAAAAUCCUCAAUUUUUAUUAUUAAAUUCUCUUAUCAACUUAUUAAAUUCUUUAAAAUAUUUAAAACAUUUACAUUUACACAUUGAUGUUUUAUUAUCAAUAUUUCAAUCAAAUGAUGAUUUUCUCAGAUUUUCAAAGUCUUUGCCAUCUUCACUUUUAUAUUUUGGCAUUGAUUUUGAAAUUACUUCAAAAAGAUUAGGCAAUUUAUUAAAAGAAUGUCCUGCUUCUUUAAAAAUACUAUCAUUUCAGCGUGCUUUAGAUUUAAAUGAUGAAUGUUUAAAAGUUUUGAUUAACUACGCAAAAAUAAAUUCUAAUUUUAGAGAAUUAAGAAUAGAUAUAGAUUUUGAUCUACCUAAUUUUUCAAAAGAUUUACUAGAAAAGGCUCAAAAUUACAUUCCAAUUAUUGAUAAAGCAUUACCUGAAACAU